AAGAGAUUCUUUUUUUGUUCACUCAAUAUACUUUAUUUUCCAGUUUCUAUCCAAUAUUUGACCCGUAAUAUUAAGACUGCAUGUCAUUUUGCGUGAAUAAAGAACGGUGAAAAAAAUUGCAACAAUGACUGGCAAGAAAACGUGAACAAAGAGUUUAUGGAUUAAUCGUGAAAAAAAGGAGUGUAGUGAAUGAUUUUGGUGAAAUCAAAAUUUAAAUUUUAUAUUCAAAUCUCUUGUGUGAUAAAAUAAAUGAGAUAGAGAAACUAUCAGAAAAUAAUAAGCACUUCACACGACACUACACUCGAGAGGGAGAAAAGAUAUAAAGAAGAAAUAAUUAAAUUAAAUUAAAAACGUUUUGUGUGGUGCGAGUAUUUAUGUUAAUUAAUCUAAUCUGAUAACUCAAAAAAAUAUUCAUCUUGAGCUCUGCUCUGAUUUGACAAAAAUAGACUCUUAUCACCGUAGCUUAAUCUUUAUUGUUGGAGACAAUCAAUAAAUUGUAUAACAAUUAACUCUGAAGUAGGAAGAGAUUAAAGAAAAUUCCACAAAGAAGGUGCAAAGUUUAAAUACAGAUUUAAUAAUGGGAAAAUUUAGCGGCAAGAAAUGUCGACUGUUGUCGGUCAUGCUACUUACAAUCAGCUUCUUUUUCGUAGAAAUCAUAACGGGUUAUGUGACAAAUUCCAUGUCCUUAGUAGCAGAUUCCUUUCACAUGCUGGGCGAUAUUGCGGCAUUACUCAUUUCCUUCCUAUCAGUAAAGAUGUCUCCAAAGAAGUGGAGCAAAAACACAUUUGGAUGGGCUAGAGCAGAGGUUCUUGGUGCACUAGUAAAUGCUGUAUUUCUGGUUGCUCUUUGCUUUAGCAUUACUGUUGAGUCAAUCAAGCGAUUUAUAGAUUUAGAAGAAAUUCAUCAUCCUGAGAAUGUACUUAUUGUUGGAUUCAUAGGACUUUUAGUGAAUGUUGUUGGAUUAUGUCUUCUUUAUGAUGCUGGUGGUGGACAUGGACAUUCUCAUGGACAUAAUAAGUUAUCACAGUUAUCAGCAAUUGAUGAUAAUGAGAAUGAAGAUUAUAUGUUCGGUGAUCCACCAAAAAAGCCAAUAUCUCCAGCUAAAAAGCCAAGUGCUAGUCAUCAUGGACAUUCUCAUAGUGCAGGACAGAUGAAUAUGCGAGCAGCUUUUCUUCACGUUAUGAGUGAUGCUCUUGGCUCAGUUAUUGUAAUGAUUAGUGCAGUCAUAAUUAAGUAUUCUGAUUGGGAAUACAAAUACUACUGUGAUCCAGCUCUUUCAAUGCUUCUCGUCGCUUUAAUUCUUCAUUCUGUCUGGCCAUUAUUGAGAGAAUCAGCUUUAAUACUUCUCCAGACAGUUCCAACUCAUAUUGAGGUAGAUGCAAUUCAAAGAAGACUUUUAGAACGAGUCGAUGGCGUUCUAGCUGUACACGAAUUUCAUGUUUGGCAAUUAGCCGGUGAUCGCAUCAUUGCAUCAGCUCAUAUACGUUGUCGUAAUUUGAGCGAGUAUAUGAAGCUCGCUGAGAAAGUAAAGGAAUUUUUCCAUAAUGAGGGUAUUCAUAGUACUACAAUUCAGCCAGAGUUCAUUGAAGUUGAGCCUUUAAAUAGCUGCUCAGCGUCCGACGGCAUUUCGACAAGCUUAAAUAUUAGUGGAAAAGAAGAAGGAUGUGUUCUUGACUGUCCAAAUAUCGAUGAGAAUUGCGUCAAAGCUACAUGCUGCCAAAAUAAUAACAAUAAGAACUAUAAAAUAUACGUAAGAAAAUUGGCAAUUCAAAAAGCUCAAGCAUGCAAAUCGUGAUGAUCAAGCUUCUCUCAAAUUUAUUGCUGACUUUACUUGAAUUUAUAUGUUUUCAUUAUCUUGUGUUGUAUUUAUUUCAUUGAUCAAAAUCUUUUACGUGAAUAGACUCAUUAAAGUAUUAGUCUAUACUUCAAACUAAUCUCACAAUGUUAAUUGAUUGAUUACAUACCUUGAUAUGUGUAUUUUCAGGCUCAAUCAAGUCCAGCUUCGUCUCCUUAUCUUUGCCGGCAACGUCCACAGCGUGGGAACUCGGAAAAUGAAAAUGGAGAAAAAGGAUCACUCCUUGAUAACGCACAACAUAACAACUUGAUAGUCUCUGGAAAUCAGACAUCGGCUGAUAGCAAUAAAAUUCUCGUCUGACCAAUUCCGAAAGUAGCAUCAACAAAAAGAAGCAAGAAAAUCAAAACGAAUUUAUGCAAAAAGAAGUACAUCACAUCAUCAGCAUCAGAAUCGUAUAAUUUAUCAUCAAUAUCAAUCGGUCAUACGAAGAAGAUGGGCUGUGACAUGACUAAAAUCGGAAUCGAGAAUGGUCAAUUUCAACGUAUGACUAUAUCGACUUUAUCUCUUUAAAAUAAUUUUAUUGAACUAAACAUUUUUUGAAUGAAGAAAAAUUAUAAAAAUAAUACGCGAUCCUCCCUACCCUCCAUCCCUCAAAUCGUGGUAGGUAAUUGUAAUUUGUCGACUUAUGAGACACAGCAUAUUUUUUUAGUACCAAUAAGUGAAAGUUUUAAUAUUAAUGACUUUAUGAUUUGAUCCUAGACAAAAAACAAAUAAAAAAACUUUAAGCUAAGGACUAGAUUUAAUGAACAUGAUACAAUGUAUUAUACUUAGUAAAAAAUCUUUUUACUUUGAUAAAAUAAUAUAUAUAUAGAAAGCAAGACUUGAUUUAAAAUCUCAAGAACAAUACCUAAUUUGACAUUAGAACCAACUAUUUUAAAAGAAAUCAGCCAAAGAUGGAAUU